AUGAGUGUUCAUAGGAAAAUUUUGGAGAAGAGUGGCAGAUUGGAUUCUCUACAAUAACAAUAACAACAACCAGAGCCCUAGACUUAGGAGUAUGGAAAAUAACAUCCCGAGAAUUAAGAUUCUGAUGUUCUCAAAAAUUUGGAGGCAUGUGGAUAAUACAAUUCAAAUAAUUCCAUAAAGAGCACAUCCAGAGUGUUUCCAAGGACUAAAUAAGUUUAUAUGGAUGCCAAAAUUCCAUUCGCUGUCAUAAUACAACCUUAUGGGUCAUCCAUAGAAUAAGGAUUCCCUAUUGUAAACUAUGGGAACAAUCCAAUAUUGAGAUGCCAGAAUUGCAGAGCUUAUAUCAAUCCUUUUAUGGAGCAAUUGAAGGAUGAGGAGUACAUGAGAUGCAAUAUUUGCACAUGCAUUAUAAAAAUACCCAACAACUUCAUUAAGCCUAUGGAUUUAGAGAAACGACCUGAUUUGACUACAGGAUCAUAUGAUAUUAAGGCAGGGUAGGAGUAUUAGGUUAGACCACCAAUGGCCCCUGCUUAUUUUUUUAUGAUUGACGUGUCACAGAAGAGUUAAGAAUUACUCGGAAUUAUGGGGUAGAUCAUUAAAGAUAUGAUUUUGGAGGAUAAAUUUAAUGAAAGAACAUUGUUUGGAUUCAUUACGUUUGACACUAGUAUACAUUUGUACAAUUUCAGUUCUAAACUUAAAUAAGUAUAAAUGUAUGUGUUAACAGAUGACAAUGAAAUGCCAAUGCCAGGCAAUUACUUAUUUGAUUUAUAGGAUUCUAAAGAUAUUAUUGUUGCCUUUUUGAAUCAAUUGGAUCAUCUAUUUCCUAAACCAUAAUUGAGGAGCACUUAAUUCUUAUCAGCAUUUAAGUUGGUCUAAAAUAUCAUGUAAGAAAAUGGAGGUAAGUUGAUCAUCUUGACAUCCUCGCCUAUCAAAGAGUUGAAUCUAACUGACAAUUCUAAAUCACCUCAGAAUCACUUUUUACCAACCAAUAAUGUAUUAAAGUAAAUUGCUGAAAAAAUGCAUUUUAAUUACAUUUCUCCAUCAAUCUUUGUUCUACCUUGUGGAUUCAAUAAUGUUGGCACUCUAAAUCAAUUAGUCAAAUUUUUGAAUGGUGACAUCUUUUAUUAUGAUGAUCCCACUAUUUAAGGUAAUUAUUCCUAUUAAAUUUAAGCUCAAAAGUUUUAUUAUGACUUACGUGCAAUCUUGGAGAAAGAUUAUACUUGGGAAUCAGUCUUCAGAAUUCGAACAUCGAUUGGAUGGAAAAUCAAAAGUGUCUAUGGUAAUUAUUCAAUUAAGAAUGCAGAUCUACUUAAUAUAAUUUGCGCUGAAGAGUAAGUAUUUAUUAUUAUAGAAUAGUCAAAAGGUAUUAAUGUAUGAAUUAGAAUUGAAUCAACCUAGAGCCCCUUAUGAUAAUUUAUAUCUGUAAACUGCUCUACUAUACACAUCCACCAAGGGAGAAAGAAGAAUACGAGUUCAUAACUUUUGUAUUCCAAUUAGUAAUUCAAUAAAGACAAUAUACUCUUAAAUUGA